CUGGCCCCACAUCCCACCAAUCAAAACACAAAUCUCCCACUUUUCUCUUUCCCUUUGUCUCUCUGUAAUUCAUCGCCAUCUUCUCUCCCAACUCCGAAAUCCUCGCUAAAAAAAUACACAAAUCUCCACGCCACCCCAUUCGCUGUCAAUAACCCAAUUGUCACAAAACAAAAUAUGACAUCUCAGAUCCUUCCCAUAACCAAUCAUCAAACACCUAACCUUCAUUCUUCUUCUGCUUCCACCAUUUCAAUGUUGCUUAAAUACGACGACCAAGAAAACCCAACCACGAGUCUCUUACACUCUUCCUCAUUCAAAAACAACAACAUGUCGAUUAAGCCUCUUCUACCGAGGUCUUCCAGCUUCAACUCCUCAAUCAAUAACAACAACUCAAUUGGCGCUGUUCCUAAUUUCUUUCAGAAAACACGAAGGCGCGUUGCGAGUGAGGAUUCACUGGCUUAUGUUUCUAAUGGUAGUUCGCAUAGAUCUUCAUUUGGCAAUGAUGUUAGACAUGCUGCUUCGGAAACGUUUCUGUUGACUCGUCUUGGAUUGAAGAUGUUGACGUAUCUUGGGGUAGGCUAUAGAUGGAUUACAAGAUUUCUUGCCCUUGGUUGUUAUUCUUUACUGCUUUUACCUGGCUUUAUUCAAGUUGGAUAUCAUUAUUUUUUCUCCAGUGAAAUACGCAGAAGUAUAGUUUAUGGAGAUAAACCACGUAAUAGGCUAGACUUGUUUUUGCCUAAAAACAGUGACGGGCCAAAACCAGUUGUUGCUUUCAUUACUGGUGGAGCCUGGAUUAUUGGAUACAAAGCAUGGGGUUCUCUUUUAGGUCAACAGCUUUCGGAGAGAGAUAUCAUUGUGGCAUGCAUAGAUUAUAGAAAUUUUCCUCAGGCAACCAUCAGUGAUAUGAUAGAUGAUGCUUCCCAAGGUAUCUCAUUUGUAUGCAACAAUAUUGCUGAAUAUGGAGGUGACCCUAACAGAAUUUACAUAAUGGGACAAUCAGCUGGAGCACAUAUUGCGGCAUGUACAAUCUUGGAGCAGGCAAUCAAAGAGGCUGGUGAAGGAGAGACUACUUGGAGUCUUUCUCAGAUUAAAGCUUAUUUUGGUUUAUCUGGAGGGUAUAACUUGUUUAAUCUAAUAGACCACUUCCACAGUAGAGGCCUCUAUCGUUCCAUCUUUUUAAGCAUAAUGGAAGGAGAGGAAUCAAUACGGAGGUUUUCUCCUGAAGUAAUGGUUCAAGAUCCAAACAUUGGAAAUGCUGUUUCUCUAAUACCCCCUACAGUUCUUUUCCAUGGCACCGGAGAUUAUUCCAUACCAUCAGAUCAAAGCAAAUCAUUUGCUGAAACUCUUAAAAGAUUUGGAGUCAAAGCUGAAUCAAUUUUAUAUGAAGGGAAGACUCAUACAGAUGUGUUUCUACAGGAUCCUAUGAGGGGUGGAAAAGAUGAUAUGUUUGAUGAUUUAGUAGCAUAUAUUCAUGCCGGCGAUCCUGAGGCUCUUUCUAGAGAUGCAACGGCUCCUCCAAGAAGACGACUUGUACCAGAAUUCAUGUUAAAGUUGGCUCAUUCUGUCAGUCCUUUCUAACCAACUAACAGAAUCAAUUGACAGUCAAAUUGGUUUUAUUCUUGUCUGCUUUGUACAUAACUGUAAAAAAAAGGUUUAUUUGAAUAGAUUUCUUUUAA